AUGCUGCCAAUUACCGAACAGGAAAAUCCGAACACGAAAAACAUUGACCGCGUUUCGACGCUCGAAGCGGUUCAGCUUAUCAAUAACGAAGACAAAAAAGUUGCUGAAGCGGUCGAAAAGGUUUUGCCCGAAAUUGCGCAAACUGUCGAUAAAAUCGUUGAAAGAUUAGAGAACGGCGGACGGCUUUUUUAUGUCGGCACGGGCACAAGCGGACGGCUCGGAGUUUUGGAUGCAAGCGAGAUUCCGCCGACUUACGGCGUUUCUUACGAUCUGGUACAAGGCAUCAUCGCGGGCGGUUAUGACGCGCUUUUCAGG